AUGGCGAAGAUCGAUGAUAGAACUUCAGUCCUGCACCAAGCCAUCUGGUAUCUGGUAACCCUGUAUUGGAUGGUAAUGAUGGCUCAUCCAUUCUUCGUGUGGUUCCUCUGGAAGUAUUGGUUGCUUCGACCGCUUAUCAUUUGGUACGCCCCCUUGACGAUCCACAUUGCAUUCUGGUUGAUCUCCUUCGCGGUUGCCCGCGUGUAUACCGUCAUUAGCAGAGCGACGAUCGGCGCUUCGUUCGACGGAGCAUUCAUGAAGCUGCAAUUGCUCUUCGUUUACUAUUUCAGCAAAAUAUUACACGGCAUGGAAGUUCAUGGAGCCGAGAACUUGCCGGAAGACGGCGGCCUUAUAAUUUGCCCCCACGCUCCCUGCUUGCCCAUCGACAUGCUCUUCUUUCUCAGCUACAGCAAUCUGAAACUGGGACGCUCCGCGGGCGGUUGCGUCGACUUUAUUUGGCAUAAAAACAAUUUCAUCGGACCAGCGCUCGAGCUGUACGGUUUCAGUAGCGAGCCCAAGACGUUGAUAGAUGGUUUGAAACAAAAUCGAUUGAGGAUGGUUUCGCCUGGAGGUGCCUACGAAGCCAUGUUCAGCAGAAAGUACGA